UCGUAAACCAAAUCUAGCAAGAGGAAGUUCUCAAAAACGAAGGCAAUCUAGUUUCUCCUCUCGUCGUGCACGGAAGAUGAGAAUCGGCAGGACUUAACCCGUACGAAGAAAUCACUCUAAAGAGACACCACUCUCUUAGUCCGGGUGGAAUUUUACCGGGACAAGCUCGAAGACUUUGGUGGUGGAAUUCGCACUAAGAUCAUGUUAAGCACGCAUUGGAAGUAACAAGGGUGUCGACAUAAAGGAACCAAAGUGUCGACACCCAUGACAACAUCCAAUUCUCUCGAGUUUGUGACGAUCGCUAUCAGUGACUACACACUCUCCACACAAAUGGAGCCAUUCUCUACUUUAAAAAGCUCUCUCCUCGUGGAACGCUUUGGUGGAAUUUGGCAUCCAGAGCACGAAGAGUUAAAAAAACCACAGUGACGAUAAGACGAAGCACAGGAGUUGUAUUCUACUCCCAACAUCCCGGAGUGUUGCUAUCGUUUUCUCGUUACGAAUCCCGGCCGUCCGUGGCUUGUAACGCCCAGAUGCUGGUGGCAGUCCAUCUCCUGGACUUUCCGCCCCGUAAUGCUGGAGCUGUCGUACACUGGCCAAGAGGAAUGGGCGCUCCUAUAUAAAGUGGCCUGGCCGUUCAGUCAUGGGAAUGUGAAGGCCGCAUUAGAUUGAAAGAGGGGCCUAGGGUUUUGUGCGCGCAGUAGCACGGAUCGAUCGAUCGAGGCGCUGGCUGGCGGCGCGACUCUUCUCCAGAUUCAUAGAAUGCACAAGCUGAGCCUUCUCACCAGGACGAUUCCGAUCUCUAUUCCUUCCAGAUUGGUGUCGAGGAAUUUCCACUCCGGAUUGAAGCCUCUGUUCUCAAGGCCUCGGUCAAACAAGCCGGCGUUGUGCACCAGGAGUGUUGGAACUAUGGGAUCACUCGCAGAGACGGAUGUGCUGUUCUACCCGGAUGUUCGUCGCGAUGAAUCCGUCGCUGAUGAUUACCAUGGAGUUCGUGUUGCUGAUCCUUACCGAUGGCUGGAGGAUCCAGACGCGGAGGAAGUGAAAGCUUUCGUAGCCGAGCAAGUGAAACUCACGGACACGGUUUUGCAGUCCUGUGAUGUUCGGCAGAAAAUGAACAACAAGAUCACCGAGCUCUUCGACUACCCCAAGUUUGAGUGCCCGUUCAAAAGGGGAGACAAAUACUUCUACUUUCACAACAAAGGCCUACAGCCACAAAGCGUGUUGUACGCACAGGAUACCUUGGAUGGUGAAGCGGAGGUUAUUCUUGAUCCUAAUGAACUUAGCGAGGAUGGAACUGUGGCGCUAUCAGUCUAUUCCUUCAGUGAAAAUGCGGAAUUUCUAGCUUUUGGUUUGAGUGCCAGUGGUAGUGACUGGGUUACCAUCAAGGUUCUUCGUGUUGCUACUAAGGCUCUCGAGCCUGACGUAUUGUGCUGGGUCAAGUUUUCAAGUAUUGCCUGGACACAUGAUCAUAAAGGUUUCUUCUAUUGUCGAUAUCCUACUCCCGUAAAGGAUGCGGAUGCUGGAACUGAAACAGAUCUUAAUCUUUCUCAGCAGGUUUACUAUCACUUUCUAGGAACUGAUCAAUCGGAAGACAUAUUGUGCUGGAAAGACUCUGACAAUCCCAAGUGGAUGUUUGGAGCUGAAGUUACUGAUGAUGGCAAGUACCUUGUGCUUUCGAUCGAAGAAGGAUGCGAUCCCGUAAACAGGCUUUAUCUUUGUGAACUCGACUCACUGCCAAAUGGACUACAGGGAUGGAAAGGCAAGGAUGAGUUGCUACCGUUUGAGAGGCUUGUGGAUAAGUUUGACGCAAAGUAUGAGGUGAUUGCGAACGACGGCAAUGUCUUCACAUUUCGGACAAACAAAAAUGCGCCACGAUACAAAGUAACGCGGGUGGACACCAGGAAUCCGGAAACAUGGACAGACAUUAUUGCCGAGUCAGCGAAGGAUGUUUUGGACUCAGCGCAGUGCGUGAACCACCAGCAAUUGGUAGUAUCGUAUCUCAGCGACGUAAAGCAUGUGCUUGAGGUUCGCGACUUGGAACAUGGCACGUUAUUGAGAACUCUUCCUCUGGAUAUUGGAACGGUUUCAGGGAUUUCUGGACGAAGAAAAGAUGCGGAGAUCUUCUAUGGUUUCACAAGCUUCCUUACGCCUGGGGUCAUCUAUCGCUGUGACUUAUCGGAGGACUCGGAGCUUACCGUUUUCAAAGAAACCAGUGUGAAAGGUUUCGACAGAACCAGAUUUGAGACGAAACAGGUAUUCGUCCCCAGCAAAGACGGUACAAAAGUUCCCAUGUUUAUUGUUGCCAGGAAAAGUAUUGCGCUCGAUGGCAAACAUCCGGCAUUGCUAUAUGGCUAUGGAGGUUUUAACAUCAGCAUAACCCCGUACUUCAGUGCUUCAAGGAUAGUUCUUAUUCAGCACUGCGGGGUCAUUUUCGCGAUUGCUAACAUCAGAGGUGGUGGUGAAUACGGCGAAGAGUGGCACAGAGCUGGUUCUCUUGGCAACAAGCAGAAUUGUUUUGACGAUUUCCAAGCAUGCUCCGAGUAUUUGAUCAAAGAAGGCUACACUCAACCAAGAAAGCUUGGUAUCGAGGGAGGAAGCAAUGGUGGCCUUCUUGUAGCGGCAUGCAUCAACCAGAGGCCUGAUCUCUAUGGAUGUGCUCUUGCUCAUGUAGGUGUUAUGGACAUGCUAAGGUUCCACAAGUUUACAAUCGGUCAUGCCUGGACAACGGACUAUGGCUGCUCUGAGAAAGAAGAGGAGUUCAAGUGGUUGAUCAAAUACUCUCCUCUUCAUAACGUUUCGAGACCCUGGGAGAAGCCUGAUGGCCUUGGUGUUCAGUAUCCACCAACGAUGCUCUUAACCGCAGACCAUGACGAUCGAGUUGUGCCACUCCACACUCUAAAACUCCUUGCAACAUUGCAGCAUGUACUCAUCAAAUCCUCCAAAUCAAGCAACCAGACGAAUCCAAUCGUAGCUCGCAUCGACACAAAGGCCGGGCAUGGAGCUGGCCGUCCCACCAAGAAAAUGAUUGACGAGGCUGCCGAUCGAUUGUCAUUCUUCGUUAAGAUGACUGGCGCGGAGUGGACAGAGUAGCGAUCCAGUUUUUCCAUCUUUAUUUCUCGUUCUUUUUUUGUUCCUAUUUCUCUAUAUUUAUGUUCAUCACUGCAAGUUAUAUCCGAAGGAAGUAACUGUAUCGAUGAUAGGAAAUUAUUUUUAAAAAAUAGAUUUGUCUUUUAUUGCGUC